AACAAAUCUAGUAGAAGGCACCGACUGGGCGAUCCAUACGACAUUACAGCUAUCUGUUCUUUUUUUCUACAAAUGUCAAGUCUUGUUUUUUAAAUGAAAUUCUACGAAUGUUCUUGUCACGGUCACGUUUCAUCGGUUCGUUGUAAGAAGUAAGCCAAAAGAUUUUUGACCUGGUUAACACUAAUACGGUCCCUUGUUCAAUUUAAUCUUUUUUUUCUUUUCUGUAUACAUAAAUAAAUUUCUCGUUUCGUUUGGAUAAUUACACUUUAAUUUUAUAUAAUAUACUAGUUGCUUAGAUGGUUCUUACGACUUACAAUAUUCUUUCUUGCUUUCUCUAUCUUUCUUUCCAAGCCCGUUUACUUGUUGCAUAUAUAUAACCUAUCUGUUGCCAACAAAGUUCUUCAAAAACUUCUCUUUCGAAAAAAAAAACAUCAUCCAAGCUCUUAGUUAACUUCGAAACCCAAGCUACGUUAUUUUGCUUAUAAGAGAGAUCUAAUUAAUUGUUACAUCAAGCUAUAUAAUCCAGUGAGGUACGUACGUGGUGAUCAUAUACACAUACAUUCAGAAGAGAGAUUAAACGUAAAUAAAGAGUCAUGUGUUCAACUACAAGAAUUGUAGGUUCUUUUGGUUUAUCCAGUGAUCGUCUACUUCUUGCUCGUCAUCAAUCACGCGUUUCUUUCAUCGUUAACUCGAAUCGGAGCUAUUUGAAGACUUCCACAUCAAAAUAUGGCGGUAAUUUGUUAUUAAAUUCCGGGUUGUUACCGCUGAAAAUCCGUGCAGAACAUCAACAUACAACAAACGAUAAAAAUAAGAUGGAUGUGAAGGCCAACGGAGGCACCGGAACUCCAGGACCUUCCCAUGAUGGCUGGAAAAGCUGGAUUUUGGGAACGUUGCUAACAAUAUUACUACCAUUCUGGAAGUACCCAUGGGGUCCAUUAUUAAAAAUUAAGAGGAAUGUGGAAACAUUUGUGGGCGUGAUCGAUGCAGGAACAGAGGUGUUGGAGAAAGUUGCUGACGGAAUUGUAAAAGUUGCGGACGAAGUUGCCGAACAUUUGCCAGAAGGUUCGCCACUUAGAGAAACAGUAUGUAAUGUUUACCAUGUGGCACAAAAUGUAGCCGAUAGUGCACAUAAAGCCGAUGAGAUCAUUCACAAGAUUGAGAAACUAGAAGAAGAGGCUGAGGAAAGGUUGGAGAAAAUCAGGGAAGAAGGAGAAGAAAAGAGCGUAGAGGCCAAGAAAGAGGGGGAGGAUGAAGAAGAAGUCAAAGACGUUGAAAAGGUCAAAAAUGAGAAUCAAGAAAAUAUUGUGGAGGAGGAAAGCAAGAUAGUCAGAGAACCAGGAGCAGUUGUGAAUCAGGGAAUUACUAUGACAACUGCUACCACCACAGAAGUCAUAGAACAAAAAGAACAACAACAAUCAGACAAGUAGAAGUUUGUAGUUUUAUAUAGGUUAUCAUAAAAGUGUUCGAGUGGUCAAUGCACAACUUGGACUAUUUGUAAAAUAAUUUCUAAUUAUAUUCCUUUAAAUUAGAUUUAUACAUAGUUGUAAUGAAUUAUUACAUUCUUUCAGAAUAUGCUUAUAUCUUG